GUCAAUCAACGGACGCGCACCAGUGUAGUGGCAAUACCUACCAUACAUAUUCCAGCAAGUCAGCCGGUGGCUUCUAGCUCCAGAACGAAAACAUCGCGCGGCGUACGAUGCCGGCUCUCGGAGUUCAAGCUUCAACGACGACGCCAAAGUCGGAGCGAUAACAAAUACGACGACUAUUGAUUGGUGACCUCGCGCGCGCUUACAAGUAUCUACGCUGGACUAUGGGACGAUAAACCGCCAUCGUGCCUUAAUGCCGAAGGACUAUUCUAGGGGGUGCUGUUCUAGGGUAGUGGUUGCGGUGGGGACAAGUGCUAGCAAGUAAUGCACCAAUUCAAGGGUUUUAUCGAGAUGGUCCGGCGAAAACCCCGCAAAACGGCAGUCCUGUCAGCUCUCACCUUCCUGAUUAUGGGAACGAUCGGCUACAUGGUAAACUCAGUAUUCGGAGCCAUGUUUUCCAAUGGAAACGAAUCCUUAUCGGAGGGACUGCUGUAUCCACGGGAGUCGGAAACGCGGGAAGUCAAGAAGCUGGACGGAAUGUGGAACUUUGUCCGGUCGGACAGCAACAAUCCCUCGCAGGGACUGCGGGAGAAGUGGUUCAGUGAUGAUUUAAGUAGAUUUAAGCCCACCAUUCAGAUGCCGGUGCCCAGUAGUUAUAACGAUGUGACGGAAGAUGCCUCCCUCCGGGACCACGUGGGGACGGUGUGGUAUGAUCGGAAGUUUUUUGUGCCAAAAUCCUGGGGCUCUCAGGACCAGCGGGUGUUUGUGCGGUUCGGUUCGGUGCAUUAUGAUACAAUUGUGUGGAUCAACGGAAUACAGGUGGCCAAACACGAGAUCGGGCAUCUGCCGUUCGAGGCAGACAUCUCGACGGAGCUAAAGUACGGUGCGGAGAACCGGAUCACGGUUCUAUGCGAUAACGUGCUGCUGCAGGUUACGGUGCCGCAAGGCAAGGUGCAGAAUCAACCGGUAGACGGAGGCGUGGAGCUAGUGCAAACGUACACGUUCGACUUCUUCAACUACGCCGGCAUUCACCGGUCGGUUAUGUUGUACACGGUUCCGCGAGUGUUCAUCCGUGACGUUGUGGUUAACACCGAUCUGGUCGGGGACGAGGGUCACAUUUAUUAUAGUGUAAAGAGCAAUCUGAACGGUAGUUACCACGACCUUCAGGCGACAGUGAAGAUUAUAGACAAGAACGGAACUGUAGUGGCAACGGACAGCACUGCUGGGGCGGAUCUGAAGGGUGUAGUUUUAGUGAAAAACGUGAAGCCAUGGUGGCCGUAUUUGAUGCACGAAGAGCCGGGUUAUUUGUACAAUAUGGAAGUCACGUUGGAGGGCAAGAGUAACGAGGCUUCGAAGCCUUUGGGAGAAAUUCACGAUGUGUACAGGUUGAAGGUCGGCGUAAGGACGCUGGAGUGGACCAAUACGUCAUUGUUGAUCAAUGGGCGUCCGAUUUACUUCCGCGGGUUCGGAAGGCAUGAGGAUUCAGAUAUUCGAGGAAAAGGUCUUGACUACGCAUUACUGACGAAGGAUUUCAAUCUUCUGAAGUGGGUAGGCGCAAACGCUUACCGAACAUCACACUAUCCAUACUCUGAAGAGAGUAUGCAAUUCGCUGAUGAACAUGGUAUUAUGAUAAUUGACGAAUGUCCCAGUGUAGAUACAGAGAACUAUUCGCAAAUAUUGCUGGAGAAACAGAAAUCCAGCAUUGAGCAGUUGAUCCAUCGUGAUCGUAACCAUCCCAGUGUAAUUAUGUGGUCCAUCGCGAACGAGCCUCGCACUGCUUUGUUUGCAGCGGAUGCUUAUUUUGAAGCCGUCGCCAAAUACACUCGCCAGUUGGAUCCUACUCGUCCAGUGACGGCAGCCAUUGCCGUCGGAGUCAAUGAUGAUAGAGCGGCGAAACACCUCGACAUUAUCAGCUUCAACCGCUACAAUGGAUGGUACUCAAAUGCUGGUAAGCUAAAUAUGAUAACGAAUCGGGUCAUUGAAGAGGCCCAAUCGUGGAACGCCAAACACAACAAACCGGUUUUGAUGUCCGAGUAUGGAGCCGAUACGAUGGAGGGUUUGCACAUGCUCCCGGCCUACAUCUGGUCCGAGGACUACCAGUCGCAGGUCUUCAGCCGGCAUUUCCGCGCCUUCGACAGCCUGCGCAAGCAAAACUUCUUCAUCGGGGAGUUCGUGUGGAACUUUGCCGACUUCAAGACGGCUCAGACGUACACCCGGGUCGGGGGCAACAAGAAGGGCAUUUUCACCCGCAACCGGCAACCGAAGGCCGCCGCCUAUCUACUGAGGCAGCGCUACCAUGCUCUGGCCGAGGAGCUGGACAAGAGCACGCUGCCGGACGAUCUCUUCCUCUACACGGCCGAGAACAAGCAAUCGGAUCAGACCUCCAAAUUCGAACUGUGAGAGAACCCGUUCAGGUGCGGUUUUGCUCAGGAACUUCUACAGCGCAUCUUGCAUUGUUUGUUGGCUUUACUUUUACUGUAGGAAUCUUACACAAAAGAGUAUUUGUUUUCGUAUUGUUUGUACAAAGUUUUAUUGAGCUAAAAAUAAAGAAAAUUAUGCCAAAGUGAGUCUUGUAAAAUAUA